AUGAAAAAAUCUGAUCAUCCAAAAUUUCAUCAAUGUUUACCUACAAAUGAUCAAAAUUCAAUUGAAUUAAUACCUGAUGGUGAUUCAGGUACAGAAGAAAUUGAACAACAACAACAACAACAAUUGGAGUAUGUUUUUCGAGCAACACCCAAUGAUAAUGAAGAUCAAUUAUCAAUAAAAUCAUUUACUCUAAUUUCUGAUGAAGGUUUUUCAGAAUGUGAAACUCAAGAUGAAACAACACUUACACUUAUUAAAAAAGAUCUUAAACUUGCUCAAAAUAUUCCAGAUCAUACAAAAAAAGAUUUUUGUUCUGAUACAAGCAUAGCUUUUCAUGGUGAAUUUGCUCGACGUAUUUCAGUACCAUUAUCAUUAUGUCACAAAAGUCGUUAUUAUCUUUUCACUGAAGAAGAACUUGCUGAUGAAUGCUAUGCAAAUUUACAAUUUGAUUAUUUCAAACUUGACAAUGCUAAAGCACAAUUUCAAUGUUCAAAUAUUUAUUGUCAACAUUCAUGGACAUCAAUGCGAGCUCGAGUUUCAUUUUCAGUAUGUUCACCAAAAAUUGGUUUUAUUGUACUUAAAAUUUUUGGUCAAAAUUGUCAACAUUGUAAUUCAUAUACUCAAGCUCUUUGGUAUAUUGAUGAAGUUUGUCGAGUAAUGAAAAAUUUAGCUUUAUCAAUUUUUGAAAGAUAUUUUCCAGAUAUGAUUAAUAAUAUCGAAUUAGAGAAUCAAAAAUUAGUUCAAAAUAACAGUAAACGAUCUCGUGCAUCACAUCAUGAUCCUGCUCAAAGAAAAGGAAAAAUGAUGGCAUCACACGCUAGAGAACAUUGUGAAGCAUGUCGACGUGGUGUAUGUUUCAUUUAA